AUGCCUUUCGACAAAAAAAAGUACAUAAUAAAUUUAAUAAAAAAUUUACAAUCACCAAUACCAUCGUACAUACAACCAGCUAUCGCAACAAUUGAUGAAGGGGAAAGCGAUGUGGGUAUUGAGAGAUAUAAGUUGUCCAUUUAUUGGGUUGCAUUAUACAUGGUUUUACAUCGAUUGGGAUCCCUUACUUCACGACUGCAGUCGGCUGUUAUGUCGAUGCAAAUGUUUAAUUGGCCUGGCUUCAAUUGCUACUUAAUGCGUUAG